AUGGGUCUAUUUUCACCUGGUGCUCACAAAGAAACUCCAUACCAAGCAGAAUAUCUGGAGAAAAGAUUGUACAAAAAUCUUUCACCACUCUACAAGCUCUACAUCAGGGAGGCUGAAGUUUACACCAUCGACGACUUGCUACACUUAGCGAGACAAUAUGAACGCAUUAAGUUCGCGGAGAAGAGUGCUCAACAGAGUCAACGAGCUGUGGAGCAGGAGGAGGUGAGGAAGCAGACCAAGCCUCGACAGGAGACUACUACUACUCAGCGUCGGAGUGAACAACCUCCAGAAGGCCCCUUGUGUUGGCAGUGCAAGAAGGUGGGACACUGGAGAUCAGAGUGUCCGGAGGUUUCACUCUGCUCAAAGUGCGGGAAGCCACAACCAAAUUGUUCCUGUGAGAGAGAGCAGAAGAAGACUUCUGAUAAAACAACUGUGGUUAAAACGAGGCUUCAAAUCCAGCUAGAGCCAGAGCUCCAGGAUGACAGCCGUCUUUCCGCUACAGUGGAAAUAGGAGACAGACAGUAUAGUGCUCUUCUCGACACCGGAGCAGAGUCCAACUAUAUUAGCUCUGAAGCUUUUAAUAGUUUGGAAGCAGUGGAACGAGAGCCUGUGCAGCGGGGCGCUGCUAUGGCUAAUGGAGUGGCUGCACGUCUGCGAGGUGGUGUUAUAAUCAACCUGAAAGUCGGCAGAAUAUCCCUAUCAACAAAACUCACAAUAAUGGAUGGGCUUUCUCCAGAUAUUCUGCUCGGUAUGGAGUUUCUUCGUGAGCACCGGGUGAAAAUAGACCCCUAUUCCCGGUCAGUGGAAUGGGAUCCUUAUCUCGUUAAAGCACACAUUGGAGACAAUAUUCCCACUCCAAAAGUGGGAAAAGGAGCCGUCAACUCGAGGCUGGCUACUGUUAACACCAAGCCUGACAUAUGGAGGUCAAGGAAGCCACCUGGAAUUAUUCCUGUGAAGAAGCAGGAGAAGAAGAAAUUUCCUCAAGUCCAGGAAGACUGA